CCACACAUUUUCUCCCCCUAGUUAAAACCAGUUCCAUCAGCAAAAGAAAACAGAGGUCACAUUAAUAAUCUCUUAACUAUUCGGAUUCAAAAAUGGAAGACCGUCGAGCAGGGGAAGCAGAGCCGGAAAAAUGGGCGAUUACGAGAGACGGGUUGGUGGCGGAAUUGAAGAAGGAAAGAUCCAUCGCAGCUCCAAUGGUGGCCGUCUCUGUCCUUCAGUACCUUCUUCAGGUCGUCUCACUAGUAAUCGUAGGCCAUCUCGGCACCCUCCCGCUCUCCAGCGUCGCCAUUGCCACUUCUCUCACCAACGUCACCGGCUUCAGCCUCCUCUCAGGAAUGGUUGGGGGAUUGGAAACGCUAUGCGGGCAAGCAUACGGAGCAAAGGAAUACAAGAAGCUGGGAACGUACACAUACAGCGCCAUCAUCACCCUGCUGAUCCUCUGCCCGCCGAUCUGCUUCCUCUGGUUUUUCAUGGACCGGUUCCUCGUCUUCGCGGGCCAGGACAAGGAGAUAGCCCACCAGGCCCGCGAUUUCUCGAUGUGGCUGAUACCGGGCUUGUUCGGCGCGGCGAUACUGAAGCCCACGACCCGGUUCCUCCAGACGCAGAGCGUCAUCUUCCCCAUGCUGCUCAGCUCCUCGUUCGUGCUCUGCUUCCACGUUGUUGCUUGCUGGACGCUCGUUUACAAGCUGGGGAUUGGGUACGUUGGAGCCGCCAUGGCGAUCAGCUUCUCCACUUGGCUUAACGUGUUGCUGCUGGCUUGUUACGUUAGGUUGUCACCAGUGUGCGAGAGAACGCGGGGGCGUUUGACUGGAGAGGCGUUUCGUGGGGUGAAGCAGUUUUUCUGCCUUGGCAUCUCCUCUGCCCUCAUGGUUUGUCUGAAAUGGUGGUCAAUGGAAUUGCUGAUUCUGCUUUCUGGGUUACUGUCGAAUCCCAAGUUGGAGACAUCGGUUCUUUCCAUAUGUUUGUCAAUCUCCACGCUACACUUCACUGUGCCCUAUGGACUGGGAGCUGCCGUAAGCACUCGGGUGUCAAACGAGCUGGGAGGUGGGAGGCCGCAAUUGGCUAGGAUGGCAGUUGUCGUGGCAACGUUUCUCGCGUUCACAGAGAGCGUCACAGUGAUCGCUGUCCUCUUCUUCUGUAGACGAUUUGUUGGGUAUGCUUUCAGCAGGGACGUCCACGUUGUUCACUAUGUCGCCACCAUGAUCCCUCUCCUUUGUCUCUCGAUUUUCACCGACAGUUUUCAGGCCAUCCUUUCUGGGGUCGCAAGAGGAUGUGGAUGGCAGCACGUCGGGGCUUACAUAAAUCUUGGAUCCUUUUAUUUGCUUGGGCUUCCAUUAGGGUGCGUUUUGGGCUUUGUGGCCCAUUUGAAAGGGAAAGGCCUUUGGGUUGGAAUUGUAGCUGGCUCCCUUGUACAGGCCGCAUCUCUCUCUAUAUUCACGGCUUGCUUGGACUGGGAAAAACAGGUAAUCAAGGCAAAAGAGAGGAUUCGAUCAAAGUCAUCGACAGAGAACGAUCAAAACUAGGCGUAUAUUUGUAUAGGGAUAUAGAAUAGAAGUUCAUAGAAUUAUUAUAGUUCGUCAUUAGCUGAAGAGGAGUUUGAUUUUGCGUAUUUCAUAUAUACAUAUUUUAUCUGAUAAAAAGCUUAUGGAUAUCUAAUCUUAUAUACGAAUUAUGAAAAAGAAGUUGGAAAUUUACCACCCAAAUACUAGCCUAGAGAUAUGUCUUUUAAACAACAAACCAAGUGUAAACCUAGCAAAAACUCACGAAAAACCAAUUAAGUUUGCUCCGGGGACUUGAAGCAUACUAAAAUAUUAGCGUACAUUGUUGUGCGUCUGUAAUCACACUUGUUAUUUGCACUUUAAUAUAUUUUACUGAAGCAU